GACUCGCAGCGGAGAGUUGGAGAGGGAGCGCGCACGAGAGAGAGGGAGACGUAGCUCCUGAAAAACCAGAGGCUGGGAGAGAGAGGAGGGACGGAGGAGGUGACAGACCUGCUCCGCUGGGAAUAGGCUACAGCUUACUGCUAAGUGCCAUCGGCAGAGUAGGCUCACAAAACGCACCUCCGCUGUAAAAUGCAACAAUAAGGCACCGAGCAGCGCCGUGUAGCUGUCAGCGAGCUCCGCGAGGAUCUGCGUGGUUUUGACUCUGCUGUGUAGGAACUAACUGAGGGGAGAAACAGUGGGGCUUCAUGGGGAGUUUGUGCAGCUUCUUCGAGAAAAACGCCUGGAUUAUCUGACUUUUGAUUGAUUUCUUAUUUUUUUGGACGGGGCGCUGGACGUUUUCAAGGCGAUACUGCGUUUCUCUGCUGGGCCAGCUGCAGCCUGCGACCUGUUUUUGGUUUUUAGCAGCGACGUGUAGUUUUCGGAGCUCCGGUCAUGGCGGACCAAGAGGAGACUUUUGUCCUCCAAAACUCUCCAGGUGGCUCGGAUUCGAGAGAAUUACAGAGCGAUAAUAAAUCAGAGAAACAGAACGGGACCUCAAGCAAAUCCCCGUCAUCACAGACAACUUAUAUCCAGCAGGGAAUGGAGGGAAUAAAGGUCUACCUGCACGAAAGGGAACUAUGGACGAAGUUUCACGAGGUGGGGACGGAGAUGAUCAUCACCAAAGCGGGACGGAGAAUGUUUCCCAGCUUCAAAGUGAAGGUCACAGGAUUAAACCCUAAAACGAAAUACAUUCUACUUAUGGAUGUUGUUCCAGCUGACGACCAUCGAUACAAAUUCGCCGAUAAUAAAUGGUCUGUGACUGGGAAGGCAGAGCCUGCCAUGCCCGGGAGACUCUACGUUCACCCGGACUCUCCCGCCACGGGGGCUCAUUGGAUGAGGCAGCUCGUCUCCUUCCAGAAGCUGAAAUUGACCAACAACCACCUGGACCCGUUCGGACACAUCAUCCUCAAUUCGAUGCACAAGUAUCAACCGAGGAUUCACAUCGUGAAAGCGGAUGAAAAUAAUGGCUUUGGUUCCAAAAACACGGCCUUCUGCACUCACGUCUUCCCGGAAACAUCUUUCAUUGCGGUGACAUCCUAUCAGAACCAUAAGAUAACCCAGCUGAAGAUCGAGAACAACCCAUUUGCAAAAGGAUUCCGUGGUAGCGAUGACAUGGAAUUGCACCGGAUGUCCAGAAUGCAAAGUACCAAGGAGUAUCCAGUAGUGCCUCGCAGUACAGUGCGGCAGAGAGUGGGUUCCAGCCAGAGUCCAUUUAGCGGGGAGGUCCAAGGCCUGGCCACACCAAACAGCCUGAGCUCCCAGUACUCCCAGUGUGAAAAUGGUGUCACAAGCAGUUCACAGGACAUGCUGCCCCAGUCGGGUUCCUACCCCCUGCCUCAUGAGCAUGGCCAAGAGUACCACUGUAUCAAGAGGAAAGUGGAUGAUGACUGUCACUCAGGAGAUCACAGCUACAAGAAAGCAUAUCUGGAGAGCUCAUCGAGUGAGGAGGACCAUUACUACCGCCCUGUUGGCUACGCUCAGAGCCUCAGUCUCUCCGGUGGGCCUUACCGCAGCGAGUCUAGCCAGCGGCAGGCCUGUAUGUAUGCCAGUGCCUCACAAAGCGCUGAGCCUGUUCCCAGUUUGGAAGACAUCAGCUGCAACACUUGGGCCAGUGUAUCACCCUAUGGUAGCUGUUCUGUCACCACCAUGCAGCCCAUGGAUCGACUGCCCUACCAACACUUCUCCGCUCACUUCACCUCAGGGUCUCUGGUGUCCAGACUAGGUGGGGUGGGAGGCCACGCCUCUCCACAGCUAGGUGAUGGCCACCACGCUGCAAUGUACCAGAGCUCUAUGACCCAUCAGACUCUGGGCCGCCAAUGCAGUCCCGGGGCUGGGAUCCAAUCACCAGCAGCCAGUCUGCAGGGAAAUGAGUACCUGUAUACACAUGGCAUACCACGUACACUAUCACCACACCAGUACCACUCUGUACAUAGUGUAAGCAUCAUGCCAGAGUGGAGUGAGAACAGCUAA